AGUAUAUGAUAGAUGAGUGGCGGACAGUGAGGGUUAGAAAGAGUAGUGAAAGGAGCAAUUUGUAGUGGGAGGAGGAACGAGAGAAGCAAUUCGACGAAAGAGAAGUCUUUUUCCUCAAUCUGUGAAAUCGUUUUCCACGAUAGUCUUGUUAUAUACACACACCAUUAUUAUAUAUAUGUAUAUAUAUAUACACCAACGUAUAUAUAUAUAAUAUAUAUACACACAUAUUGGCUGGUUUGGUGUUAUUUUUUUUUUAAUUUGAUAUAUUACAUGUCCAAGUCUUCACCUUAGUCGAACAGGGAGAAGAUAUAUAUAUAUAUAUACACAUAAUACAUACAUAUAUAUAUAAAUAUAUAUAUAUAUAUAUAUAUAUAUCUGUGUAUAAAUCGUAUGUGUGUAUAUAUAUGUAUAUACAUGCACGCCCAGUCAUCAAGUUAGAUUUUGUCUAAAUCUAGAAAAUAAUAAGUAAUUUAUUUUAAUUUACAUUAUUAAUUAAUAUUACUAAUUACAAGAGGUUUGUUAUAAUUGACCAAAAAAAGAAAGAAAAAGGGUUUUUUUUUUUAAAAAAGGGUUGCAUUUACAAAUCAAGGAGUCAAAAAUCCUGGAUAAAAUAUAUUUAAAGAAUAUUUUACAGAACGGAAAACAAAAAAAAACACAAGAAUAGAAAGGAAAUAAUAAUAAUAAUAAUAGUAUUAUUAUCAAUCCCACAACAUUCAUUACCUGGAUUUGUUUGAAGGAAGAAACAUAUUUAAUUGAACAAGAGAUACCAAAUCUUCAUUAAUAUAAAUAAUUAAUAUAUUGUUGGAGUGAAAGAGAGAAAGAAAGAGGCAAAGAAGAAAAAAAAGAUCUUUUUUUAAAUCCAUUUUCUACGUUUCCCACCAAAGAAGGCGGACAGGGAGCAAAAGGCCGAGGAAGUUUUACUAAAAAAUGUCUAAAUACAACUAAAUUUGGAGAAAUUUCUUGUAUCCUACAUGAUAAUACCUUACGCAACAAGCAUUUUUCAGUGAAAAAUUUAUCAAAUUACGAGGUGUAUAUACUAAUAUACACCCUGUUAAAGUGUCGUCUGGUUUUUACCCGUCAUUACCAAUACAUAUAACAAAUCGUUUUAUUGUGUUUCCAUCAUGGAAGUCACCGUCCGUUUGUUGUCUAUAACCUUGGUUUUAAUGGCUCUUCUUCAAACAACAGUUCUUCAAAAUCUUUCUCUGAAUGUAGACGAGAACACUAAAAUGGCAAAUGAUAAUUUUCUUGUACAGUGUACUUUGUCUAAUACAACUGAGCGCAAUAUCGAACUGAAAUGGUAUAAUCCUAAUAACGACUUAAUUGUUGAAUCAAAACUCAUCAAAAUUCGUAAGGAGCCACCAUUCAGCAGCAAACUCAUUUUGAAGGAGUUGAAAACAAGUGAUGCUGGAGUGUAUGCUUGCAGAGCUGAAGUAAAUGGCAAGAAGUUAGAAGCCAUCACAACAUUGAAAAUAUACCGGCCACUUGGUUUUAGUAAUUGUGAAGAAGUACAGCAACCAAUUAUUUAUAAAGAUGCCAAAAUCCGAUGUACUGCAACAGGAGACCCUGCUCCCAAAAUUCAGUGGAAACACAAACUGAAAAAAAUUAUUACAGCUGGACGUUACGAAGUGGAUGCUGAUGGCUUGAUAAUUAAGAAUAUUACUGAAGCUGAUAAUGGAGAAUAUGUUUUGGAAGCAGAAAUUGUUUCGAAAAGUUCGUAUGAUGAGAAAUCAAUCAUAGUUAAAGUUGUUGUACCUCCCAAGAUAUCAAAGCCACCAGAAGUGAGCAAGCCUGUUGAAGGGUCAGAGUUAUCAUUAAGUUGCAAAGCAUCAGGAGACCCUAAUCCUAAAUAUAUGUGGUUUAAGAACGAUCAAGAACUGUCAGAUUCAAGAAUUGAAAUGGAUAACAUUGCUGGUAAAUUAAAGGUGUCUAAUGUAAAAAAAAGUGACGGAGGUAAAUACAAAUGUGUGGCAUAUAACAUUGGUGGCAAUGACAGUGCUACUGCAGAAGUAACUAUUCUUGUUCCUCCUUCAGUUGAAAUCCCUCGAAGUGGAGAUGGUAAAGAAGGUGAAUCAAUCACUUUAGUUUGUAAAGGAAAAGGUGUUCCAGUACCAUCACUUACCUGGCAAAGAAGUAACGAUGCUCCUUUCCCUAUUGGUGAAGAGUUGAAUGGAGUAUUAGUUAAAGAAACCAAGAAUCGGCCAGAUAAAGAAUUGACUUUAACCAUUGCUUCUCUGAAAGCUAGCGAUGCUGAUAAUUACACUUGUUUUGGAGAUAAUGAGGCUGGUAACGAUGCCAAGCGAACCUACCUCCGGGUUGAAUAUAAACCUGUUUUUAUAAAUACUCCAACUACUGCUUACAAUUGGAUGGGCAACAAAGCCAACAUAACCUGCACUGCCAAAAGUUAUCCCAAAGCUAUAAUAUCAUGGAAAAGGGAUAAGGAGGAAAUUAAAGGAGAUACUGAGACGUAUAAAAUAUUCAAAAUAGAAGGUCAAGAACAGAUGACCAGCUUACUCCAAGUUAAGGUGACUCCUAGCAACGAGAAUUCUGUAUUUACUGACUAUAAAUGCAAAGCUUUCAGCAUCAGAGAUUCAACAGAGAUAACAAUAACUUUAAAGAAAGCAGUUGUUCCUAAGCGUCCUGUUAAAGUCAAUGCACUUGAUCCCACUCCAACUACUAUCACACUGGUCAUCAGUCCUCCAGAGAGUGAUGGCGGUAUCCCUGUCACCCAAUACCAUAUCACUCAGGUUACCAGUGGCAGUGACAAGAAAGAAGAAAAAGAUGUCCCAGUUCCUGAACCAAGUAAAACCCAGCGUGUUGUACUUGAAAACUUGACUCCAAAAACCAAAUAUCAGCUCAAAGUGUUUGCUGGAAACAGAGUUGGACUCAGCACUACAUCAUAUGAUUUAUCUUCUGAGACACCUAAUAUUAGAAAACCAUUUGAUGUAUUCAUUACCUCAGAUAGAUAUGGAACCAGUCCGCAUAGUUACCAGGUGACUUGGGAUAAACCCCGCACUGGUGGAGCAGAUAUAGUGUCCUAUUCAAUUCAAUACAGAAAGGUUCAUAUAAAAGAAAAAGAGCCCUGGGUAGUUGACGGCAGUAAGGAAAAUGGAGACUAUAUGACAAAGACUGUUCAAGGAAAGACCUCUGCAGUAAUUAGAAACUUAGAGUCUAAUACAUACUAUGAGUUCCAGGUCGUAGCUACUAAUAAAGUUGGAAACUCAAAUCCACGGCCUGUGAUUAUUGUGACAAAAAAAGAUUCACCUGAUAGUAUUGAAGAAUCUGGUCCAUCUUUUUCCACUAUGAGCCCUUCUACUAAGAGCCCUACUAGUAUCAGUGACGUAAGCUCUAGCUCAACACGUGACACUACUGUCACUGUGACCAAUGUUGUAACUUCAGUGACCACUGUAGAGAACAAGGAAGUUCCGUUAACUGCUGCUUCGACUGGAAUCAGUUCCGGAGGAGUUGCUGGUUUGAUAAUUGCGUUGAUCUUAAUUAUCCUUAUAAUACUCGACUUGAUUUGUUACUUCAAGUUUGAGAAAGGUGUUACAAUGUUUUUGGUUAGCACCUGCAAGAAAGGGUCUUCUGCCAAGGACAAGUCCACAGAUGUGGAGGCUGGUGCGAGUGAAAAGAAGCCUUUGAAGAACGAAGAUACAGAUGAUGAUUUAAAGAAAGAUCAAACAGAUAAGAUUAAUACGGAAGACACCAAAUGUGAAGAUAUUAUGUCUAAGGAAUCCUAGAAGGUGUGAACAUAUUUUCAUCACCUAACUGGCACUAAAUGCUAAAACCUCCAACACCUCCGGCAAGCUUGGGAAAAGUGUCAGUUAGUGGUUUACCUCUUAUCCACACACACACACACACGACCCCUCCAACCCCCACCCUGCCCAGACCCUUGCAUUCUCCAGCUCCCCACCAACCACACCCAUCCACCCACUCCAAAGGAGAGGACUACUAUGUAACAGCUGGCCUGCAUUAGAAGCUUCUGUUAUAGAUGUAGUUCUUUCUUUCUUUCUUUCUUCAUUUUUUUCUAUUCUUUUAUUGUCUACUUCUAAGAACCAAUUUGUUUUAUUUACAAGUGUGCGUGUAUAUAUAUAUAUAUAUAU